GGGGUCAUGGCUCACUUCUGCGCCAACAGUCCAAAUGGAGAAUUGAGGAAAUAAUGAGGAGAACUAGAAAAGGGGACCAAGGAGACCUAAAGAAGGAUGAUGAUAAAAGUGGACAGGAGAAUGGAGAUAAAGAUAGAAUGGAGCAGAUAAACUGUGAAGAGGUGAGUUUGUGAUAAACUGUCGCUCUGCAGAAACUAUGUCCUGGAAAAUGGCACGGGUUUUUUGUUCCAGUCAUUUUUUGAUUCAUAGUAAAAGUGUUGCCAGUGGUCUUUUAAUAAUGAUUAUGCCGAUUUUAGACAAAAACAAAAUAAAACUGGGUUUUUUGCAGAGUUCAUCAGAAAUUCACCUCUAUAUUUUGGGCGGAGCAUAUGGCAUGGAGUAAUUUAGAAGCCUGCUCCAAUUUCCAAUCAUCCCUAUGUUUACACUCUCCUGCUAUCUUACAGCCCCCCACCCAUCAGAUCUACUUGGUUUUUCAAACAGCACUUUUUCAUCUGCUCCUGAAUUAAUAAAGAAAUACUCAGAAAUGUGUUGCACACUUUAAAUGAACAGCAGACCACUGAACAUUUUGUGUGUUUUAUUCACGGAUUCUUCCGAGUACAACAGCGUAUGCAAGCUCAUACAUGUGGUUUUUCCAGACAAACAAACUCUCAGCAAUCAAUAGAUCCCUGAGAGUUUGAUCUAUUGAUCCCAAUAAAUACCACAACAUACUGAGCUGAUGCUGGUUUUACCACAAGUUAAAACAAACUAAGUAAAUCAAAUUGGUAAAUAUACUCAAAUUGAAAAAAAUACAAACACUGUCAAGAUGGUCACAGAUUUAAAAAAGUGAAAUUUAAGAUUUCAAGAACUUUGUAAAGAUCAUUAUAAAAUAUAGAAAUCAUAUGUACAAAGAAAAUGAACUUCAUUUUUAUUGUAGCAAACAUACAUACAAGCACUAAAUGCAUGAAAAUGUCAAACUGAUGAAGCAAAUAUUACAAAAAAUACAAACACUGACGUAAUGAUUUCAAUCCCACUGCAGCAUCAUCAGGUUAGACUUUAUGGACAAGAUUAGAAUAAUGUUUUCAUUACAUUUAUUUUCUAAAUUUCUAAAUGUUUGAGCAUCUGAAGCUGCAUAAACAACAAACGUGAUUUGCACGUCAGGAGGAGCACUUUCAAUGUCAAGUCAAUGGUAUCUGAAGUCCUGCAGCGUGAUUUGAGCAACGGGUGCAGCAGAAUUUGAGCAGCGAGGCAAGAGUUCAAAGUUCAGAGUUCUUAACCCGCUGUAUCCCUUUCAGAGUGACAGGGUUGCUGGAGCCUGUCCCAGCUACUGUUGGGCAAAGGCGGGGUACAGGCUGUACGGCAGCCAUGUGAGCGGCUCGGGCUCAGUUGUAAGUCCGGUUGGGGAGGUAAGGUACCGGCCUUAACUUUACUGAAGACGGUGUGGAGAUCGUGGUAGCAACUAGGCACGUUAGACAGAUCGAUCUCUUCAGGAGACCUAAUGGAGGCAGAAUUAGCAGGUGGAACAGCGGAUUGCAAACAGUUAGCGAGGUAGAACUCGCUCCAACCGAUAAUGCGAUGAUGGACCCAAUCAAAUUGCGGGUUGUGGUGACGAAGCCAGGAGAACCCCAGAAUGCUGGAUCAGUCUAGCCGGCUUCCACCGCCAGAAUUCUAAAGUUUAUGACGUGGUCGCUCACUGACCGAUUUCGCUGCUUAAGAGCGAGAAGCUUCCGUGAGGCUUCCUCCCGCUUACGGGGUUGGUCAAAAACCAGCCUGAAUUCAUUAAUGAAGCGCUUGUACGUUAAAAGGGUGACAGGACUGGCAGCCAGGUAAGCCUGAGCCCACUGCAGCGCUUUAUUGCGGAGUGAGUUUAUGAUUAACGUAAUCUUGCUGAGGUCGGAGUCAUAAUACCUCAGAGCUUGCUGGAACAGGAGACUGCAUUGCAGCAGGAACCCUCCACAAGCUUCGACGUAGUCGAAGAAUGGUUCCGGCUGUAGGCGGUAGUUUUCAGGUGACGGACCAGAGGCGGAAGUGGCGGCGAUACUGGAAGCGGGAGGAGGCGCUUCGGGGUAGUUCAUCAAUGUUUGCGUUAGGCCGUCCAGACGCCGAAAAAAGCUCCUGUUGGGCAGAGGAUACUUGCGACAGAGCGUCGGCUUGACGGCCCAGGGCGAUGUCUUGCUGGCUGACGGCAAAACGAAGUCCCUCUGGAUCAGCUGGGUCCGGAAUUGGGCCAGUUUGUUCUGUCAUGAUCUCACAAAGAUGAGGAACCCAGUUGCUGCAACCCAGAAGGAAGACAGGUAAGUGGAUGAUGAGAAAGGAUUUAUUAUUUUCUCCAGAGGUGAAGAUGGUUGAAGAGGGUCCAGACUAGACGUGGCUGUGGCGAGGCUGGAGGGUUUAGAAACGGUUAGCGGGUGCCGAGGGUUUCCGAUCUCCUGAGCCGUAGAAUGAAAGGUCCGCGCUGCCGUCACUCGUGAGAGGUUGGAUCUUGGGACGGGGAACAUAGUAGGGAUGGCCCGUUUGACACGGGGCUUCGGCGCGCGGUUCACCUUCAUGAAACAGAGUGUUUCGGCACAAGGUUUCGAAGCGUGUGUCAACCAGCGCAGAUCACGUGAUUGAUGACGUAUGACGCGCCAAAUGCAUCAUUCACCUGAACCAGGUUUCAGAUCUCAGGUGUGUUUGAUCAGAAGGGCGCGCUGUUGUCUAUAAAUACAGAUGAAUCCCAAACAACGUUUCCCGACCAGUUCUGUUGUUUCCCGUGUAUCGUAAGAAUCAACGUCAUGGCACCCGGUAAAAAAAACGUUCUGUGGCUUGGGAUCAUUUCAACUUGAUUUCUCCAAAUAAGGUAAUACACUAUUAACGUUAUUUUAUUAGUUGCCAUUGCUGAUUAUGUCAGUUUUAUAGAUAUGUCUGUCAGUUGAAAGGAAUCAUUUUUAUUCUUUCCAUUUCUUUUUUAGGUGCAAUGUUUGAUUUGCAAACAUGAAUUUGCAUUUAAUGACAGUACAUCCUCCAUGAUGCGACAUCUCCGCUCCGUUCAUCAUGUUGAAACUCCGCAGUCGGCAAAUCAAGCCUUCAAUCCACCUCAUAUUGUGUCAAGAAAGCAAGAACUUGAUUCUGCAUUGGUGGAUAUGAUUGUAAUGGAUGCACAACCAUUUUCAAUUGUUGAAGACAAGGGCUUCAAGGCUUUUGUCAACCUUUUGGACCCAUCCUACAUAAUUCCUAAUAGGAAGGCCUUGAGGACAAUGGUGGAGGAGAAGUACAAAGCCAAAAAGGAGAAGGCUUUAGAUGUGGUUAGCAGGGCCUCUGCUGUCAGCCUUACAGCAGACAUGUGGACAUCCAUUAACAUGGACGCUUACUUGGCUGUAACAAGCCAUUUUAUCACCGAGGAGGUGGAGCUGGCCUCUGUGGUCUUGGGGGUUCUGAAGUUUCCCCAAACCCACACCGCAGCUCACUUGGCUGAGGCCAAAAAUCUUCUCAUGGAAGAAUGGGGAAUUAAAGGGAAGGUGACAGGCCUGGUUACAGACUGUGCUCCCAACAUGGUUGCAUGUGCUAAUAUAUUACUGCUUCGGCACAUAAUGUGUUUUGCACAUAUGCUUAAUUUGGUGGUGAAAAAGUCCCUAGCCCAAACCCCUGAACUAGAGGAUGUCCGAAGUAAGGGGCGUAGGAUUGUCGGUCUUUUUAAAUCCAGCACCACAGCGAAGGAGAAGCUGUCAGAGAUGGAGCGACAGCUGGCCAGGCCAGAGCACAAAUUAAUGCAAGAGGUGGAAACAAGAUGGAACAGCACAUUUAAUAUGUUGGAAAGGUUGUUUAAGGAGAGAGAGCCACUGGGGGCAGCUCUGGCCACCCUCCAUACAGACCUUCCUCCACUCACCUCAGAGGACUACCAGGCCAUACACCACUGCUUGAGUGUUCUUUCACCGUUUCAAGAGGCCACAGUUGAGCUUUCGACAGAAAAACGAGUGUCAGCAUCCAAAGUCAUUCCCAUGGUCAAAAUGCUGAAACAUUACAUCUCAAGCAGGUGUGGUCAGAUCACACACCCACUUGGUGAAAAAAACUGGCCACUAACUUGAAGAACAAUCUCCAUGAGAGGUUUUCAGCUCUGGAGAAGGUCACUGCUCUGUCAAUGGCAACCUUGUUGGACCCAAGGUUUAAAGAGCUGGGGUUCUGCAGCCAAGGCUCUGCCCACACGGCCAUAGAGCGACUCACUAAAGAGUGUGCUGCAACAGUGCAGGCGCUACUUCCAGAGGCACAGCCACAGUCGCCACCUAGAGAAGGUCCUUCAAGUCAGCAGGAAGAUGGUGGUCUCUGGGCCCUGCUGGACAGGCAUGUGGGGGUUCAACAGCAGGUGACCAGCACAACUGCCAGUGCAACAGUGGAGGUUCAGAGGUACUUAAAGGAACCUCACAUCCCAAGGACUCAGGACCCACUGAGAUACUGGGUUACCCACAAGGUUUUAUACCCACAUCUCUACAAGCUGGCAAUGAAGUUUUUAUGCACACCAGCUUCAUCUGUGCCUUGUGAGAGGAUCUUCUCCAAGGCUGGCGAAAUCGUCAGCCAAAGACGAAACAGGCUGAAGCCCAGCACAGUGGAGAAAAUUCGGUUUUUAAAUAAAAAUCUAUAACAUGUAUCCCACCCAGUCAUGUUAGACCCUGGUUCACAACCACUCAUUCUCACUUAAUAUAUGGCAUUCACAAUGUAACACAAGCACUUCUCACAAAUGUUCAAACAUCGUCUUUGUUUUAUUUCCACACUGAAGUGUUACAAGGGCAAGGAAAUUAGUGGAGUAGAUGAUAUACGUCCUGUCUGCCACCAGAUGCCGCUGUUCUUCAACACAAAGUAUUGUAUACCAGUUUAUUUAGAAAAAAGAUUUGCAGCACACUUGUUUUAUACAAAAAUGCUUUCAUUUUUAAAAAUUAAUAUGAAAACCCAAAUACCCAGCCAAAGAAACUUGAGAUUUUCCAGCAUUCAAAAAUACUUUAUAAACUAAAAUGUAAGACAUCAGAAUAAAUAGAAACAUUCCAAAACUGAGAUUUAGUUUCCAAAAUGAAAUAAUGUUCCAUUUUACAGGAUCUUCCGCGCAUCUACUGCCUUCCCAACAUAAAGGUUUCUGUCCUGGCCCUUUACGCUGACGGUCAGUCUGACACAAGACCGGAUUUUCGGUUGACCCGCAGGACCAUCAAGUAUCUGGUGGAGCAGCUUCGGGUUCCUCACACUCUGGGGGGGUACAGGACACUGAGGUCCUGAUGUUCCUUUUCUGGCUGGCGUGUGGAACAUCUUACCGUGUGGUAGCCAGGGCCUUUGACAUGCCACGGUCCACUGUGAGUGACAUUGUCCACAGGACGGCAGACCGCAUCCUCCAGCUGAUGUCCAGGGUCAUCCGCCUUCCCAGUAGGGCUGAACUACCAUUAGUCGCCUCCGGUUUUGAGCAGCUCGCUGGGUCUGCUGCCUUCCAAAAAAUCGUGGGGAGCAUCGAUGGCUGCCAUAUCAGAAUCAAGGCCCCAAAAGAAGAUCCAGUUUCUUAUUUUAACCGGAAGCUAAUUUUAUUCAAUUCAAAUGCAGGCUGUUUGUGACUCGAAUGCCAAAUUUUUAGACAUUUUUGUUGGAUAUCCUGGAUCGGUCCAUGACUCACGGGUUCUGCGCAACAGCCCAAUUUACGCCAAUAAAACGUACCCACCUGAAAGAUACAUCCUUUUAGGUGAUGGUAGGAAUCCCUGCAUUGCGCAACCCAUCACGCUGCUAACACCCUACAGGGAACCCCUGAGAAAUGCAGUUGAGGCCCGAUACAACCGGCACCACGCCAAGGCACGCUCUGUGGUGGAGAGAGCCUUUGGAAUGAUGAAGACGAGGUGGAGAGCCAUAUUUCUGGGGUCGUUGGAAGUUAAAACAAAAUUUGCCGUCAAAAUCAUUGCAGCGCCAUCCUGCACAAUAUGUGCAUCAGUGAAGGGGACUGGUUGGAGCCCACAGUUGUUGAGCCACAGCAGGACGACAACAGGAACCAGCAGGACGAGCAAAGUGGCAUCCGUCUGCGAGGACAAAUCUCUGGUUUCCUGUCAGCUCCAACUGUGCCACAAAUGGCUCUAGAAGACCACGAUUAUUGUUAAGAUAUAUAAAAAAAGAGGUUAAAUAUAAGAUGAAAUUGUAAAUAUUUACCUCUGAUGUUUAUGAGAUUGAUAAUGUUUUUGAGAUUGUUAAAAAUGGCUCAGGUUUAAAUAAUACUUGCUAA